GUACGAGUGCAGUAUGCAACGACAUCUCUUGUUUUCGAUUCCGUUAUAACUAUGCGUACGGUCCAAGUUGCUGCGGCCUUCCUAGCGAUCUACAGGGUUUCGGGCUUCGUCAUUCCGGCAUCACUUCAAUCAAGACCCGCUGCUAGCAUUCCAACAUCAUCACAGCCUGCGACGCAUGUUGAACAUGUACGCAGGCAGCAACCGUUCGACGCUCGCCACGCGCCAGUUUUGAUGGCAUCCCAGGGUGGCAGAGGAGAGGAGGAGGAGGUGGACGAUGUCGAGGAGAAGGGCGGGAUAGAGCCCAAGUACCUCGCUGCGAUCGGGGUGGUCUUGUUCGCGGCGCUGUACGACUUGUUCGUCACCCACGGGGGUCGGCUGUGGGAGCUCUAGAGCAUCCAGCUGCUGCAGCUUGUUAUUGGGCGAACCGAUAAUAGCGGGCGGUAGACGGACACUGAUCACUCAGUACAAAUGUGCAAAUGAGCACAUGACGUGCACGGCGGCCUGGUGCUUGGGGUAUUCUAUUAUUGUGAAGCUGGCGGCAUAAAUAGCCGUUUGUAUAGCCAGAGCACGAGGGUGCUCUCCCCUGACUUGUUGGAGCAUGGUCUAGGCCAACGAGCGGCAGAAAGCGUUUAGCGCGCACCAAAUGUGCAAAGCGGGAAGUUGGUCGGGGUGUGUUGCCUCUGUGAUGG